UCCAGUUCCCCCCCUGGAGAUGCGUCGCUUGGAGAACUAUUAGCGGACAGCGCUGCACAUCGAAGCCGGGAUGAGUGGGAGCUCCGCGGUGUCCGGCGCGGCGCCCUGCCUGUUUGUGGGGUAGACACGGAAACUGGACUGGAACCGGACGAACUAGCAGAAUAUCCACGAAUAAUGAUGGACGUUGCUGCCACUUGCACAAAGAGUGAAGAUGAGAGUCCAGUAGUUCUCACAGCGGUGCCUGAAAUGAUCUGGGAUGACCUGACUGAGAAGCAGCCGAGUUCACCUGAUGUCUCGGAGGAUCUUCAAACAAAGUCUAGUUCAGUGGCAUCGGAAAACAAGAUGCAAAUACAAAAGAAAAGAAAAAAAUUGAAGCUCACCAACAGUGUUACCUGGAAGGAAGUAAAUCCACAUUCCAAGGUAAAUUCAGCAGUUGAGAGUAUUCAGAUUAAUAACAUAGUAUCACUUUUUACAAACCAAAUGGGGGAUGCAGGUGAAAAUGGUCCAUUAUACCCUAAAUGUGACAGUGGUCCUUUCUCUGAAGAUGAGACUGAUGAUGAUGAUGAUGAUGACUGGUUAUUCAUACCUAUAAGCAUAUCAGACCUCAAAUUUGAAUCAGAUAAUGAAGACCAGGAUAGCCCAGACAUACAUGUGCUAGAUGAUGGGGAAACAGGAGACCAAGAAAGACAAUGUGACACAAGCCCAACACACUGGCCAUCUCCGAAUCCAGUACCAGCGUCUCAUCCUCCCCAGAUCGAGACAUUUGACACUUUGGCCAGCUUUAUGAAACAAGCAUUAGGCAGGAGCACACCGAACAUGGACUGGACUCUGAGGGAAAACCACAACCAACUAAGAACAGGAGAGAGUCUGUAGACAGCUGUGCAACUGAAGACAGUUGUGAUUACUCCUCUGCAUUAGGACACAACUAUUUGACAGCGUCCAGGUUGAGGUCAGCACCUCUGCUCAUAGAGACAGAUUCUGAGGGUGAAGGCAAUGAUGUUACAAAUAUGCCAACAAGUCCAAACAAGAGCUUGGACAAGUCGGGCAUGAAAAGCCUUAGAAAGACCAAUGGACAAAACAUUCCAAGAAAGGAUGACAUUAUAAUCCUUGAUUCGGAGGAUGAAAGUGACCAAAACUGCAAAAAGAAGGCUGAAACCGAAGGAAGGCCUGAAACUAUGGACAGAAAGCGUGGAACUGUUAAAGAAAAGUUUAAAAAAAAACGACCGCUACCU